GUGACUCAUGGCCUAGGUUUUCUAUCAGCAAUGUCCAACAAUGAAAAUCAGAGAUAUGCAAACACGGCGGAGAGUGACGAUGAGCUUGCGUCACAUCAUCGGCGAGUGUCAUUCGACAGCGACCAUGGCUCCUUCUCGGCAACGCCACGGACUAUCAAGCAAUGCAAGCGACUCGACGAUUCGAGCGAGCACCUCUACACCACAGCAUCCCGUCAGACAAUCGUCUGUUCGUGCCAGCACUUCCACUCCACUGCAGCACCACCUCAGAGAUAAUUCCGUCCGAGGAAGCACCUUCACUUCGCAACAGUUCCCGACCCGUGACUCCACCGCUAGACUGUCGCGGUCGACACUGCGAGUGGGCCCUCGUCUCCGAGGACAGAGCGUCGACGAGGGUACGCCGGCCACGUCCCGCGCGGCAUCCCCUCUGCGUUUCUUCCAGUCUCUCACAGGUUUGCACCGCGCUCAGUCGCGAAGUGACGAGCCCUUUGUGCCGGUGGACCCCUUCCAGCUUCGCCUCAGUCUGCGCAUCCGACCCUUGCGCAACCCAAGCUCUGUUAUCGACGUCCAGCAUCCUCCUGUCGCAGAUGAAGAGGGUUACAACUUCGAGUGCAAUGACACCAUCGUGUGCUGUCUACCCAUUCCUUGCACCAGCCGGAGAGCCUCUGUGGACGUGCCGAAAUCGACCCGCACUGCACCGCUAGGCCAGGUCGCGGAGACGAUCCUCCGAAUCGUCUACCUCCACGUCCUGCUUCGUCUCCCAGCGCUCUACUUCACUCGCGUCGCGCGCAUCUUCGAGGACGCCGAAGUGAGCAAAAAGGAGGUGCAAGGGAUGAUCGACGUCGCCGGGACGUCGCGGUUCGGCACCUGGGAUAGGCGCGACGCUGCGGUGGUCCAGGGGGCCCUGCGCACAAACGCAGAACGGGAGGAGCGGGAGAGGCUGGAUGUAGAGCGUCAACGGGAGGGCCAUGGCCCACAGCCCCCGUCUAAAGGAAGACAUGGUCGUCACGCGCGGGUGGAAAGCGUGCCGAUUGCAACUGAGGGAUCGCAGGAGAACACGAUGCCGGUUUCCCCGACGUUGGCGAAGUUCAAGCACUCCUGGGAGACGUUUGUUGACUCGCUCCAGAAAGAGUGGAAGACGCUCAACGUUGUUUCCGCAUUGUUGUUGUCAGCGAUCUUGACGAUGUUUCAGAUUGAAGAUGCGGCUGAGGAUCCUGUGACACGGACGGCAGCCCUCUUUUCCCUCAUUUGCGCGAUUAUGAGCCUAUCUUUUGGGUGUAUCUUUACGCUCAGGUUCGGAACCAUGAGGUCGAUGUACAAGGCAUCUCGGUGGGCUGAGGAGGCCCAGAAGACGAAGACUGCGAUCUUUUGGAACGUGUGGGUGUUGCUGGGCAUGCCUGCGAUAUGGCUGGCAUGGUCGGUCAUCGCGUUUGUGACCUCGAUUAUGGCGUUCCUGUGGAGGACGGGGUCGACAAGGGACCCAGAUGACCGCCCCAAGCUGUCGCCACAGCAGGUACUCGGUCCCCGGAUCGCGCUUACAGUCCUUUUCGGGAUAGGGAUGCUGUAUUUCUCGCUGUGCAUCAUCACCUUCCGCAGCUACGGCAGUAUGGACGACAUCAGGACGGCUGCGGCGAACGCCAGGAGGGACGGUGAUGAUAUACGACGAAGGACUGAGGACCGCCGGCAGCGCCAAGCCGGACAGGACGGACGCCCGAACGCUGGUUCACGUCCAGACGCCCAAGAGCGCCUGGCCGACCCAGAGAAGAACAGAGACAGUCGCGCUGCGAUGCAUGGGAGUCGCGAGGCGGAUGAGCUGGGUUUAGCGUCGAUGGGAGCGCCAUCGCCAGCUAUCCCUGGUCGUGUGCGCGAUGAGGUGGAUUUGGAGAAAGGCGCUGGGCGUGCGCCACUUGUUCAGACAUAUGACAUGGGAGCAUGA